AUGAAUGAUGAGGUUAAAACCCCCGGCCUCUGCAUCAGUUUGAAGAAAGCCCUUAGAGGUGUCCGGGUUGAGGCCACUCAUCGGACGGAUAAAACCAUACGCUACAAGAUCACUAGCGUAUCCUCAGCUCCAUUGAAGGAAUUAAUGUUUGAUCAAGAUGGUGUGCGCGUAUCAGUAGUCCAGCACUUUAAGAAGCAAUACAAUUACACUUUGAAAUAUACCAAUUGGCCAUGCCUUCAGGCUGGCAGUGACAGCAGACCGAUCUAUUUGCCUAUGGAGGUUUGCAGCAUUGUUGGAGGACAAAGGUAUUCUCGGAAGUUGAAUGAACGCCAGGUUUCAAGCAUACUAAAGAUGGCAUGUGAAAGACCAGCUCAAUGGGAGAGCAGUGUUCUAGAGAUUGUUAAUAGGAAUAAUUAUGGUAAUGAUGAAUAUUCCAAAGAAUUUGGCAUGAAAGUCAUGAACCAACUUGCAUUGGUCGAUGCUCGUGUACUACCUGCCCCAAGGCUUAAAUAUCAUGAAUCUGGACGGGAAAAAGUAUGUAAUCCUUCAGUAGGACAAUGGAACAUGAUAAACAAGAGAAUGGUGAAUGGAGGAUCUAUCAACCAUUGGGCAUGUCUAACUUUCGCGUCUCGACUUCAUCCAAACGACAUCGGCAUGUUUUGCCGUGAUCUGGCUCACAUGUGCAAUAGCAUUGGCAUGGAAAUGAACAUGGAACCAUGCGUGAAUAUCACACAAGCGCGCCGUCAGGACACAGUGGAGUCUGCAAUCAGAAAUAUCCAUAGGCAUUCUGCAGAAGUGCUCACUAAGCAAGGUCUAGAAGGGAAGCAACUUGAAUUAUUGAUCAUCAUAUUACCUGAUAUUAGUGGUUCCUAUGGAAAGAUAAAACGGCUCUGUGAAACCGAGCUUGGAGUAAUAACUCAGUGCUGCUUACCCAAGAAUGUUCAGAAGGGUGGGAAACAAUACCUUGAAAAUCUUUCUCUGAAGAUCAAUGUUAAGGUCGGAGGUCGGAAUACAGUACUUGAAGAUGCUUUGUACAAGAGGAUACCCCUUCUGACAGAUGUGCCUACGAUAGUUUUCGGAGCUGAUGUUACCCACCCAGCUGCUGGAGAAGAUGCAUCUCCAUCUAUUGCAGCAGUUGUUGCAUCUAUGGAUUGGCCAGAAGUAACAAAAUACAAAUGCUUGGUCUCUUCACAAGGCCCUAGGGAAGAAAUAAUUGCCGACCUUUACACGGAAACAAUGGAUCCACAAAGGGGACGUGUUGGUGGUGGCAUGAUAAGGGAGUUGCUUCUCUCUUUCUACAGAGCAACUGGAUGCAAACCUCACAGGAUCAUAUUUUAUAUAGAUGGUGUUAGUGAGGGUCAGUUCAGCCAAGUGUUGCUUUAUGAAAUGGAUGCUUGUGCCACUUUACAGGCGGGUUACCUCCCACCAGUCUCAUUUGUUGUUGUGCAAAAGCGGCAUCACACUCGCCUAUUUCCUGAAAAUCAUCGUGCGCGGGAUCUGACGGAUAGAAGUGGGAAUAUCCUACCUGGUACUGUUGUCGACACAAAGAUCUGCCAUCCUACAGAGUUUGAUUUUUACCUCUGCAGCCAUGCUGGUAUUCAGGGAACAAGCCGCCCGACACACUAUCACGUUCUUCUCGACGAAAACCGUUUCAGUGCUGAUGCCCUGCAAACCUUGACCUACAAUCUCUGCUACACCUACGCCCGGUGCACGCGAUCGGUCUCUAUAGUUCCUCCGGCGUAG